AUGAUGAACAUGAGGGUCCUUCGGCAGCAAUGCCUUCGAAGCAAGCCAUCUCUGGCCACUCGCAUUUCAACCAGGACAUUUGCCUCUCAGACAGAUCUCCUCGGUGCAAACCUCGAACAAGGCGACCCUGAAAUCCACGCCAUUCUCAAGCGCGAAGAGAAGCGCCAGAACCACUUCAUCAACCUCAUCCCCUCCGAAAACUUCACCUCGCGAUCAGUUCUCGAUGCCCUAGGCAGUGUUAUGCAAAACAAGUACUCCGAGGGCUAUCCCGGAGCACGAUACUACGGCGGUAAUGAGCACAUUGAUGAGGCCGAGCGACUCUGUCAAAGAAGAGCCCUCGAGACCUUCCGUCUUGACCCUGAGAAGUGGGGUGUCAAUGUUCAGCCUCUUUCUGGAUCGCCCGCCAACCUCUACGCUUACUCGGCCAUCCUCAACACUCACGACCGUAUCAUGGGCCUUGACCUCCCUCACGGAGGUCAUCUCUCCCACGGCUACCAAAUCCCCGGAAAGAAGAUCUCCAUGAUCUCCAAGUACUACGAGACCUUCCCCUACCGACUAAACGAGGAGACCGGCCUGAUCGACUACGAUAAGCUGCGCGAGAACGCCCUGCUGUACCGCCCCAAGGUCAUCGUCGCUGGUACAUCUGCCUACUCCCGUCUCAUCGACUAUGAGCGCAUGCGCGCCAUCGCUACCGAGGCCGGCGCAUAUCUUCUGUCAGACAUGGCCCACGUCUCUGGUCUUGUCGCUGCUGGUGUUAUCGGAACGCCCUUUGAGGACUCUGAUAUCGUUACCACAACCACCCACAAGUCCCUGCGUGGACCUCGUGGUGCCAUGAUCUUCUACCGCAAGGGCGUGCGAAGCACCGAUAAGAAGGGCAAGCAGAUCAUGUACGACCUCGAGGGCCCUAUCAACGCCUCUGUGUUCCCCGGCCACCAGGGCGGUCCCCACAACCACACCAUCACGGCCCUCGCUGUCGCCCUCAAGCAAGCCCAGACACCCGAGUUCAAGGACUACCAAGAGAAGGUCCUCGUCAACUCCCAAGCUCUAGCCAAGCAGCUCUCCGAAGGCCUCGGCUACAAGCUCGUCUCUGGAGGCACCGACAACCAUCUUGUUCUUGUGGACCUCAAGCCCAAGGGUCUCGACGGCGCACGCGUAGAGCGCGUCCUGGAGCUCGUCGGCGUAGCCAGCAACAAGAACACAGUCCCCGGCGACCGCUCCGCUCUCAAGCCAGGCGGUCUCCGCCUGGGCACGCCCGCGAUGACGACGCGGGGUUUCAGCGCCGAGGACUUCAAGCGCGUGGCCGACAUUGUGGACCGCGGCGUGCAGAUCACCACGGCGGUUGAUAAGGAUGCGCGGGCGGCUGCUGAGGCCAAGGGCGCGAAGAACCCCGGCACCGUGAAGAACUUCCUGGAGUACCUGGGUGACGGGUCUAGUGUCAAGGAGAUCGCUGCGCUGCGCGAUGAGGUUGCUGAGUGGGUUGGAGGAUUCCCUCAGCCUUGGCUCAAGUCAUGA